AUGUCCAAAAAGUCCUCAUCGCUCAAGAGUGGGACCCCCUCGUCUUUACCACCAUACGACGUCGACGUGGAAGCGGGACGAGGACAAGGUCCAGGCCUCAAAGAGCGCAAGACCUCGGAAGAGGCCUAUCCCAAUUACAACACCGGCUAUGUCUGGAUACUCCUCCAGUUGCUGGUGUGCAUCUUCUUAUUCUUGCUGUGGAUGCCCAACCCGUCCAAGAAUACAGCACUCAUAGCGGCGGGAACGGACUAUAUUGGGGCAUUCAAGAAGUGCGCGGGGACCUCGUGUGAGGACUGGCUGAAGGGCGGAGCUGGCGCUGCCCCUGCCUCCGCCCCGGCAGCUGACGCCGACGCAGCCGACCCGUCCAAAGCGGAACGACGCGAUCUUUCCCUCCAGAAGCGGGCUAGCUCCCUCGAUGAAGCCGUCGACCCCGCCAAGUUCUUCGUCAAUGUCGGCCUUGGCCUCCUCAUCGCCUUUUAUCUUUCCCUAUACCUCACCAUCCUCCUCAUUGUCCGACUGUUCAAGAUUCCCGACCCCCCGACCCCCCGAGACUCCUCCGAGCCUCCAGAAGUGGAGAGAGCGAAAGUAAGAGGAGCUCGGAGACGCAAGUUCAAGCUAUUUGCUUAUCGCGCAAGCAGGAGUAUAGGGGUGAUCAACGUGGUAUUUAUCUUUGGGUGCUUGGUGGCAACGGGGAAGUCAGUGGCGACGGUGAGGAAUAAGAUGGAGUUGAGCCGGUCAAACGGAAUCGGAGGAGGAUUCUUCCUACUGCUGAUGUCCCUCUUUCUCAGCCUGUACUCGUGCGUUCGAGAUCUCUGCAAUCCCAGCGGAAGGAUACGGAUAUGGCUCGGCUUCCGAUGCUGGUUCCCCAAUAAGAUCCUGUUCUGGGAUAGGAAGCCGCUACCUGUAUCCAAUAAGGUGGAGAACACAGAGAUGGAGGUGAUCAAGACAGACGGCGCGACACCCAGCGGGAGUCAGCGGAGUCAGCGCAGCUCGGGGGGCUCGUCAGGGAAGGACACGAAACGACCUGGAAUACCGAAACGGCCAAGGAGGCCAAUAGUUAAAGAACGUCCUCAGCAGCCGCCAGGUGCAAAGCCGAGACCUUACCUUUGA